GAGACUCAUGAGAGGAAUACUUCUUUGAGUUAUCUCACACUCAUUACUCUCUCUUUUCUCUUCUCAACCUCCUCUUCUUUCAACCUUUGACAAAAAAAAGAAAAGAAAAAGUAGUAUACUUUAAUUUUAUCAUUAGAAUGGGGUUUUGGUUUAUGAUGAUGGUUACUAUUAUAUGUCUGAUAUUUGGGUUCAUGAAAUGGUUACUUUCAAAUGUGAAUGUUUGGUACUAUGAAAAAGUAAAGUUGGGUGAUGUGAGUUUAUCAUUGCCACCAGGUGAUUUAGGCUGGCCUUUCAUUGGUACUAUGUGGUCCUUCCUCAGAGUUUUCAAGUCCAGCAAUCCUGAUUCAUUCAUCUCUUCCUUUGUUACCAGAUUCGGACGAACGGGAAUAUACAAGACAGUGAUGUUUGGCAGUCCAAGUGUGAUUGUUACAACACCAGAGGCAUGCAGGAGAGUUUUAAAUGAUGAUGAAUCCUUCAAACCUGGCUGGCCAACUUCUACUAUGGAACUCAUUGGUAAAAAAUCAUUUAUUGGUAUUUCAUCUGAAGAACACAAAUGGUUAAGGAAACUAACUGCAGCACCUGUGAAUGGUCACGAGGCGUUGUCGAUUUACAUCAAAUAUAUUGAAGAAAGAGUGAUAUCAGCAUUGGAUAAAUGGUCAUCCAUGGGAGAAAUUGAGUUCUUAACACAUCUGAGAAAGCUAACUUUUCAGAUUAUUAUGUACAUUUUCCUUAGUACUGAAAGUGAACAAGUCAUGGAUGCUUUAGAAAAGGAAUACACAACUUUGAAUUAUGGUGUUAGAUCUAUGGCUAUCAACUUGCCAGGAUUUGCUUAUCAUAAAGCACUCAAGGCGCGUAAAAGGCUUGUGGCGAUCUUCCAAUCAAUCGUGGAUGACAGAAGGGCGAGGAGGGAAAAAAGAGGGCCAGAAGACAAGAAAGACAUGAUGGAUAUUCUACUAGAAGUUGAAGAUGAAAAUGGAAGAAAAUUGAAUGAUGAGGAGAUUAUUGAUGUUUUGGUAAUGUAUCUUAAUGCUGGUCAUGAAUCUUCAGGUCAUAUAACUAUGUGGGCUACCCAUUUUCUGCAGAAACAUCCUGAAAUCUUCAAGAAAGCUAAGGCAGAGCAAGAGGCUAUUGUGAAAAAUAGGCCACCUGACCAAAAGGGCCUAACACUCAAAGAAAUUAGGCAAAUGGACUACCUCUCAAAGGUGAUCGAUGAAACGCUUCGUUUGAUUACCUUCUCCUUUGUGGUCUUCCGUGAGGCAAAGGAAGAUGUUUCUCUUCAUGGUUAUACCAUUCCCAAAGGAUGGAAAGUUUUGGUUUGGUUUAGAACUGUUCAUUUGGAUCCUGAAAUCUAUAAGGAUCCAUUGGAGUUUAACCCUUCUAGAUGGGAUGGACUAACACCAAAGGCAGGAACAUUCCUUCCUUUUGGAGGAGGAGGCAGAUUGUGCCCUGGAAAUGACCUUGCUAAGAUUGAAAUAUCUAUUUUUCUCCAUUAUUUUCUUCUGGAUUAUGAGCUUGAAAGGAAAAAUCCCUCUUGCCCAGUGAUGUAUUUGCCUCAUUGUAGGCCUAAGGAUAACUACUUGGGCAAAGUGAAAAGAGUCUCAUCAACUGCUAGUGCUGCAUAGGCCCAAAAGGAAGAAGAAAACAACAUCUCUCUGCUUCUCUUUUAUUUAGAAUUUGUUUUCCUAGUUGAUGGAUAUGGAUCAAAUUGCAAGAGCAAGGCAAUUUGCUUGGGAAUAGUUAGGAACAGAAGAUAGAAGUCAUUUUUUUCUUCUCCUUAAUAUUUCUUGCUCAAUAGAAUUAUAAUAUACAUUUUAACAAAAUGAUCUUCCAUUUUGUUAAGAAUGAAUAAAUGCAGAAAAGAGAUGGUUAAAUUUCUUGGCUUC